CAAAGAGAUCAGGAAAAAAUUAAACUGUACCUCGAAAGAACUGGACAACUCUGAGGAUGUCAUCACAGGGGACACCCAAAGAAGGGCAGACGGUGCCGUUGUUAAUUCCACACCGGGUUAUGAAGCACUUGAGUGUACAGAGAAUUUAGAAGUUGCCAUUGAAGUUGAUGAGUGCUUCAUCGGGGCCAGCGAGAUGGGCCUUCCUCUGGCAGCAGAGAAUGAUACCUACCUCUUACAUCAAGAUAAAGGCAAGAUCUUCCAAGGUCUUUUGAAAAAUCAGACAACUUGUCUUGGAUCCAAAGCGAAAAAGAAAGUUGAUUUUAUAAAAAAACAAGAGCCCCCGGGAGUAUCAAAAGGAC